CUUGGCUGUGCCAGUCACUGCAAUGAAUGGCAACACUAUCCAACCAGGGACUUCUACACUGCCUUGUGGCUGGAACGAAUUCUGUGAGCUGCACGCUAUUACUACAGCCAAAGAAAUCGCUAAGCAGUACUGGCUCUUUGCUAAGGAGCACCCGAAUCAUGACGUCCUUGGAGCGGAGCACUUUUCAUUACAGUUUACAGACUACUUUCAGCAUCAUUUUAAAAAUGAGGUAAAGGAGGGCCAGAUUAUGAACCAGUAUAAGAUUGUACCUUUAACCGGAGUCCAGGAUUAUAGAGCACCAGCCAAGAGACAUACAGACAGUUCCUCAAGUAUAGUAUCACCCAAGACAGACACUGUUGUGACUACCUUUCCAAAUCAGAGGAGCAGGGUUUCUGACACUAAUCUUCACAGUUUGCCAAAAGCACGAAGCUCCGAGGAGCUUGCAUGCAUUGCCCCUUCAAGGACUGAAAGUCCAUUCACAUUAAAUAAUAUUCGAAGAAGUAUACGUGGACUAUUCAAGAGAAAAUCUUCAGAGUCAUUACUGGGGGAACAGAAAGAGGCAGCUACAGAUGCUACAGAAUCGUCAAGCUGGUCUCAAAAGAUUUUCAAAAAAAUUUUACCCCCAAACCCUGCAAAAGAUGAGUUGUAUGAAGUCUGUAAAGAAGGAUUGUUAAAAUAUCUUAUGGCAGAUGUUGCUAGUUCAGAUAUGGGGACUAGAUGGCAGCGCUGUAAGCUGCGGGUUGUGAGAAAGUUGGGGCAGCUUGAAAGUGAAGGUUUUGUGAUAGAACUUUAUGACCCUCCAAAGUCUACCAAACCGAAGUUGGCAGUGGCCUGUUCUGAUAUAUGUGAUGUCCGAAAAUGUACUCGCUUGGAGAUGCCAGAUAACCUCAAUACAUUUGUCCUUAAGGUUAACAAUUGCUCAGAAGUUAUCUUUGAGACGGCUGAUGGGCAGCAACUGAGUUCUUGGACUAGUGAACUCAAAGAAUGGGCAAAUACUGGGUCUGAUGGAACCGAUGCAGAAUUGCUUCCGGCGUCUUUUCCUGAUAUGGUAUCACCAAGUUGUGGGUCUGGAAGCACAGAUUCCAUAAACCAAGGUGCCUCUCAGUUUGGAUUACCUGAACAGGGAUACCACAAAACCGAGCAUUUCUUGUCAUCCUAUCCCUGGUUUCAUGGACCCAUCUCUCGAGUCAGAGCAGCUCAGCUGGUUCAGGCUGCUGGAAUGGAAGGGCAUGGGGUUUUUCUUGUACGUCAGAGUGAAACACGGCGAGGAGAGUAUGUGUUGACAUUCAACUUUCAAGGAAGGGCAAAGCAUCUACGGCUGACCCUUACUGAAAGAGGACAAUGUCGAGUUCAACACCUUCGGUUCACAACUAUUGUUGACAUGCUGCAUUACUUUCAGACAUCGCCAAUCCCACUGGAGUGUGGAGCUGCUUGUGAUGUCAAGUUGUCCAACUGCGUGGUCGCCAUGUCUUACUUUCAUGGUCAAGUUCCAUCAAGUAACACACUGCUGUGCCCUUUCACAAUUCACCGCUGGAAUUCUGAACCCAGCCUUGCUCAAGUCACCCCACCUGCCUGCUCUAGAAUCAACGCUGUAGAAAGCUUUCAUUCCAGGUCACAACAAGAGCAGAUAUUCCACCUUUUGCCAGCUCGUGAAGAGUUUUCUAGUAACCUUCGUCGCAGUGAGUCAGUAGGUGUACAAGCACAGCAUAGGCGAGACUCAGAUUAUGAACUGGACUCUCCAAACAGGAGACGUGUCCGUGCUAUUGACAACCAGUACACAGUUCUCUGACAAAACAAGAAAAAGUACUGUUUACGCAAAAACAGAUUGUUGGAAUGCAGUUUGAUUGCAGGCCUGCUUCCAAACUUCAUGAAAUCCAUUUGGGCUUCAGAAGAUAACAAUGAAUGUAAACUUUUUUUAAGGGGUUAAUUCCAGAAGAAGUAUUUGAAAUGUUCACUCCAACAUGAGUGUUCUUUCUUUUUAUUAGGCCUGUUAAAGGGCCUGCUUAAAGAUUUCAUUACCUUCAGGCUUUGCUUUCCCUCUUCUCCUGACAGACUUAAUUUCUUUGAGCUUGCCCGAGAGUCUACAGCUACUGGCUUGUGCAUUGAUACAAGAGUAGUUUGUCAAAAGCCCAACAUUUUAGAUGCUGUGAUUUUCCUUGUUCUCAAGCACAUAAUUUCACCAUAUUUGGCUUGAAAAACUUGACAUUUUUAAGAUCAGUUGUGUUCACCCCAAACAUAUUUUAAAAUUGUGAUAAAUAAGUGGUCCAAGAGUAAACAGUCAGUUGUUUAUGCAUUAGCCCAUAAUUUCUUGAUGUCUUCCUUUGGAGCUGUUUUCCUGUGACCUGUUCUUAAUCCAAGAAAUGGUUUAGUUUUUAAACUUUCUGCCCCUUUCCUUUCAGUGCAUGUUGUCUGGCAUUAAUAAUUCUUAUACCAAGUUAUGGUAUGCCUCAAAGCUUUAUUAGCAAAUAAACAGAAGCCUCAUCACCCUUUAAUUGAUAAGAUCUCUAGCAAUAGUCAAAACAUUGUGUUAUGCUUCUAGUAACUGAAGUGUUUAGGAAAUGUUUUGAGUCUGACCAGUGACCAUGUAAAGAUUUUAGCAGAUAAAGCUAUAUUUCAUACUGACUUUUAAAGUGAAACAGGUAGUUUACUAGGUGACAAGUAACUGGUAAAAAAAUAGUGUCUCAUUUCUCUCUAUUUAAUUGCUGAUUAACUGGCCACUGGUGUUUUAAGUCAUUAACAGUGACUGCUUGAAUUAUUGAUUUGAUUAUCAGAUUUAAUAUGCUGGUAGAAUGUUGGAUUUUCCCACCUUAUUUUGCUGUACCUUAAGGUCUAGAAACUGAAGUGCAAUUCUAGUACAGGUAAGGCUGCAUCUGUGAAGUCGAGGAACAUUAUGACAUACCUAAACCUCCAGACUGAUCCCAUGUACAAAGUAAUCCCAGUACUGAGUUUAAUAACAUUUAGACAAGUUUCAAACAACAAUGGACACAGCUUGAGAGCUUUUUAAAUGGUGACACAAAAAUGGGUUCUGAAGUUCAUGUUUCUGGUUUAGAUGGGUAUUACCAGUGAGCCAGGGAAUAUGAUUUUAAGACAAUGUAUGCAUUUCUGAUUCUGUAAGUGCCAUGCCAUCCCCAUCCAAAAGAAGGAACAUUGUACCCUUAAUCAUAUUUUGCUUAACAUAUGUUCUACGAGCUAUGAGAAGAAAAGGAAAAAGGUGUAAAUAUGAAGUGUUAACACUAAUACUGUUUUGUUUUGGAAGCAUUACCUUGUUGACUAAACAUUUUUUAAUGUAAUUCGUAGUGUACCCAUAUUUAUUUUUAAUCUUAAAUUUAGUUUAAUGAUAAUUAUAGUUUCUUUCUGGAUACAGGAAUUAAUA